GUAUUCUAUAUGACUUAUUUUGCCCUAAUAUGCACACAUACAAUUGUAAUAUCAUAUGGCGAUGUGUAAAUUUAUUGUGAAAUUCAUUUUGUGCCUUUUUCCGAAGUAAAAUACCGUCAUCAGAUUGGCUGACUGAAAUAAUUAAAUUUCAUUUAAUAAAAUUGCAGGCCGAAAACAUCACCGAAUUAUACACCAAACUUGUGGAUUUCUUUCUUAGUUAAUAGUUGAACUUGCAUUCUGAAAUUUAUUAAUAACAAUAUCAUGUCAACUAUCGCUAUGCCGGCUACUGCUUAUCAAGCAUCUACUCCUGGAAACCCCCCACAAAUCUUAGGUCCAUUAUCUGGCGGUGGUGAAGUACCAGAAGGAGAACCUGUUCAUUUAGAAUUACGAAUAGCUCCUCCAGGUGAUUUACAAGUACAGUGGUUUAAAGAUGGCGUUGCAUUAAGCGCAGGUUCUCGUUACAAUACAAUGUGUGAACGUGGUUUAGCAUCACUAGAUGUCAUCUAUACAAUUCCAGAGGAUAGUGGUACUUAUUUUUGCGUCAUUUCAAAUCCAUAUGGCCAUGCUCAAAGUGAGGCAGUUCCUGUAAAUGUAAUACCUGAAAUUGAUCCAAGUCAAGAUCACGUAGAUGUACAGUCUGCUGAUGUCUAUCAAGCAACUAGUGCACCUACAAAAGAAUAUGAACGUGAUCAGAGAAGUCAGCCAAAGAGUGCACCACAUUUUACUCAACAACCGGUGAUUAGUAGUAGUGAUGUUCUUGAAGGAGAACCUGUCAGAAUAGAAGCAUAUUUAAAUACAACAAGUGAUUCAACACUACAAGUUGAUUGGAUGAAAAAUGGACAACCAGUUGGUACAGGAAGCCGUUUUAACGCUGUCCUUGACAGAGGUUUAAUCGUUCUGGAAAUCGGAUACUGUUUAGCCGAAGAUAGUGGGUUGUAUGUUUGUGUAGCUACAAAUGCGCUUGGCCAUACGGAGAGCCAACCUGUGGAACUGAGAUGCCAACCAGAAGAACGAAUUGUUACCAAGUCGAUUCUGGAUCAACAAUCUAUAAAUCAUUUGAAACAGCUAGAGGAACCUGGCGAGGAUUACGAUUACAUGAUCAACUCAACUGUUCAGGGUAUACCACCAUCUUUCAAAGCGAAUUUAGAACCUUCUUCAGUCGAAGUUAGUGAAGAUGAACCUGUAAUUUUUUCUGUACCUGUUGACUGUGGAAACGGAGAUCGUUUGGUUAUCGAGUGGAAACGUGAUGGUCAGGUCGUUAAAACAGGUUCUCGAAUCACAGGAAGAUUAGAACUUGGAAUAGCCAGUUUGAAAAUUCAUUAUGCUCAACCGAACGACACAGGUGCAUACACUUGUCAUGUUUCUACAGAAUAUGGAUCAGCUGAUUGUGGUCCUUCAAAUUUAUUAUGUGAAGCUACUGGAAGUAUAAUCGCUGCAAGUCAACUUCCAGGUGACAAAGAAAAAGGUCUACUAGCGAUCGAAGCCAUAGAAGCAAAUCUACAUGCACCACGUGGUACCGUGUGGGAAGACGACAGUCCACAUGAAGCACCUGUUAUUAUUCAACAACCACAAUUAGUUGGUGAAAUUGAGGAAGGGACUGCUAUUCACUUUGAUGUUCAAGUAGAACCGGCUGCUGAUCCUUCACUUAUUGUUGAAUGGUUUAAAAGUGGUAAUUUAUUAACAAGUGGAACAAGAUUCAAAGUUGCUUAUGAAAGAGGACUAGCCAUACUAGAUUUGUUGUAUACUAUUCCUGAAGAUAGCGGUGAAUAUUGGUGUCGGGUAGAAAACAAAGCUGGUCAAGUGGAAAGUAAUCAUGUACAAGUUUUAUGUAAUCCUAGUGCAUCUGUAAUCACACACAGCAAUCUCCUACAAGGUUCAGAAGGUUACAAUCUAAUAAAGGCUAUUGAGGAAGUCGACCAGCCAGAUGGAGAUGAAUACAGGUACAUAGAAGAUGAAGAAGUUGACUCAGCCCCCAACUUUGACGUAAAGCCUCAACCUGCUACAAUAGGUGAAGGUUCUCCAGUUAAAUUUUUAGUACGUGUUAGUGGCAAGCCAACACCACAAUUGACUUGGUAUCUGAAUGAUGAACCAAUUGAACAAGAUUCAAUUACAAAAAUUUAUAGUGAUGGUGCAAUAAACUAUCUAGAAAUGAGUCGUUGUCCUGCUUUGCAAGGAACUAAUAAAUUACACGUUAUUGCACAAAAUCAAUUAGGCAAAGCUGAAGCUGAGACCAUUCUCACCGUUUUAUUAGCAGAAGAUUUCAGACCGGAUUUAAAACAUGUUAAACCAGUUUUUUUACCCAGAUAAGGAGGUUUUUAAUUGUAAUCGUUUCUGCAUUGGCCUGAAGGCAAUGGAUACUCACUGUACCAACAACUACCCAUUCCACCACAAUCACACUGUUUAAUCAAUAGAACCAGAUGUUGCUUAAACUGUAUCCUUAACAAUCUUGUAUACUAAAUUUGGUAUGGUUAUUUAUAUAGUCGUUUGUUUAAUUAUUAAUUGUUCUAGAUAAGCUAGAACAUUUUCAGAAAUUUAUAAGCCAUAAACAAAUUUUAAUCUUCUAAUUUUAUUUUAUAUGAAACUUUCAGAAAAUCCAUACAAAAAGAUGGUUGGAUUACGUAAAGUAGAUUGUUCUCCAGAAUUAAACAAAGCUUUAACAAGAACUAAACCAUCUGCACAAACAAUUAUGGAAAUGGAAAGAGGUUCUGAAAUGAAAGCACGUAUGUAUCGUUCACCAGAAGUAAUUGAAGCAGAAAAGAUGUUGGAUCAACUUGCUUUAAAUUUAAAAAAGUCUGAAGUCAAAAGACCUUUGGUAAAUGGUGGUCAUCAAAAUGAUGUAGCCUAAUUUUGGCGCGAAAAACUUCAGUGCACUAACUCGUUUAGAUAUCGAUGGAGUACAAACGUUUAUUUACUACAUAACAUCAAUUACAAACAGUCAAACUUCGGUACAUUGUGCAUUUAAAAACAACAAACAAUCAUAGAAGACUAACUAUAACACUCUACACAAAGGAAUUGACAUUAUCGUCGUGUAUUUAUAUUUAUACCAAGCUUCUCUUAUCUUCAAUCUUUCUUGUCUUUUUCUCGUCCUUUAUCAUUUACUUUUCAGUAGUAUCUUAUGAUCAUAUUUAAUUUCAAGCAUUUAGUUAAACUAUCAUAUAGUACUCGCGAGUGAUAUUGAUAUGAAAUACUAAAACACGAACAAACGAUUUUUCAACUAUUAUUAAAAUUAACUGAUUCAUUAUUUGAAUGAAUGGCUUCUGCUUAUUCUUGCAAUUAUGUAGUUGAUGAAAUUCAACCCAUUACAUUUAAUUGUUCAUGGGUUUUUAGAUUUACAAAGGAACACACAAGCAUUUAUUUAUAUAAAUAUAUAUAUGCUUGAUAAUCUUUCAAAUAAUGGAAUCUAAACAUAUUUAUUCCAUUAUAGCACAAUGAUUAUAAUCAGUAUUGAAUUGAAACUAAUUGUGAAUAACAUUAAAACAAAUAUCUACUUCAAUUUUGAACAAUAUGACAUACAUAUUUAAAAUGUUCCAUUUAUUCUGUUACAAUGUUUAUUUAAAAGUUUGUCUUUGAAUUUAUUUUCAUUCAUGGAAAAAAAUAGAAGGAAAAAAGUAUUAUCAUCAAUAUAAUACUAAGUUUUAUACUGAAUAUAUAUGUCACUAGUUAAGUUGAUCACAAGUAGUUUGUUGUAAUGAUAAAAUACUUCUUUGAAGAUAUUCAUUGAAUUUCUAA